AUGGAGAGGGCCGAGGAACACGAAGAAAUCGCCGAACCUUCGACCGGAGCAUUAAGAUCGAGGCUCAGCAACAGAGCCGACCCUUUCCUUGUUGUUUGCAGGUGCUUCAGUUUCGUCACCUCUCUCAUCGCCAUUCUCUGCGUUGUCGUUAACGUUCUCGCUGCCAUUCGCUCCUUCAGGGACAGCCACGAUGUAUUUGAUGGAAUAUUCCGGUGUUAUGCGGUCGUGAUUGCUUGUUUCGUUGUUCUCGCCGAGACAGAAUGGGGAUUCAUCCUCAAAUUUUCAAAGGUACUUGAGUACUGGGCUGGGAGAGGAAUGCUUCAGAUUUUUGUUGCUGUGAUGACAAGAGCUUUCCCUGACUAUAUGGCUCAAAGGAAGGAUCUCCUGCUUCUACAGAAUAUCGCAAGCUACAUGCUCCUUGCUUGUGGUCUCCUCUACGUCAUAUCAGGAGUUCUAUGCAUUGGCUUUCUGAAGCGUGCUCGACAGCAGAAGGAGAUUUCAAGAGAACAAGCUGUCAAGGAUCUUGAGGCAAGAGAUAGACCGACGCAGGGAAGAGUUGGAACAGUUGCUCGUGGAGCAUCGGAGUAG